CUCUACAAUCUUCUUCAUUAAACGCUCUAUCUUUAUUUCUCUCUCUAAAAAUCCGCACAUAAUUUGAUCAUGGCAGAUAACAAUCAAGAACUGGAAACCCUAACUAUGAAUCUGAAGUUAUUGAAACUUGAUCCGGAUCAAACCCUAGACGAUUCCCCGAUCUCCGAUCCAGUUUCGGAAAAUGUUGUUGAAAGUAACGGUGAAAUGGAGCAGUCUAAACAAACCCUACCUAUUUUCGAAAAGUUAGAAAACUUGAGCCAUAUAGUGACGAAUUUGAAAAAGGAACAUAAAGUACUUUGUAAUGAAGUGAAAGGUAUAACUGCUGAUGCAUUUCCGGGUUCUGAGUUGUUUACGGCUCUUCAGACUCUUGGUGAGGAACACGAGACGUUGAAGAAAAAGUAUCAGGAAGAAUGCCAGAUAACUUCCAGUAAAACCGAAGAAUGCCAGAUGUUGAAAAAACGAUGUCAUUUAGAGUGUUCGGAAAGAAGGCGUUUGUACAACGAAGUGAUUGAACUUAAAGGGAACAUUAGGGUGUUUUGUCGAUGUAGGCCAUUAAACGAGGACGAGAUUGCUAAAGGGUUCACCUCUGUUGUUAAUUUUGAAUCUGUUCAGGAUAAUGAGUUAAAGAUAAUUGGAGCUGAUUCAUCUAAAAAGCAGUUUAAAUUUGAUCACAUAUUCAGACCUGAAGACAACCAAGAGGCUGUUUUUGCGGAAACUUCACCUUUGGUGGUGUCUGUACUCGAUGGAUUUAAUGUCUGUAUCUUUGCUUAUGGGCAAACUGGGACUGGUAAGACAUUUACCAUGGAAGGAACUGCUGAAAACCGAGGAGUUAACUACCGCACGUUAGAGGAGUUGUUUAGGGUAUCUGAAGAAAGGAGUGAUAUUAUGAGAUAUGAAUUGUUUGUGAGCAUGUUGGAGGUCUACAAUGAGAAGAUUAAAGAUCUGUUGGUUGAGGAUGGUGAUCAAUCUGCUAAAAAGUUGGAGGUAAAACAAUCAGCUGAAGGAACCCAAGAAGUUCCUGGACUCUCUGAGGUACCCGUGUUUAAGACAGAUGAGGUUUGGGAAUUGCUUAAGGCUGGGAGUUGUGCUCGUUCUGUUGGAUCAACAAAUGCUAAUGAGCUAAGUAGCCGUUCUCACUGCCUAUUGCGAGUCACUGUUCGUGGGGAGAAUUUGGUGAAUGGAAAUAGGACUAGAAGCCACCUUUGGUUAGUAGACUUGGCAGGGAGUGAGCGAGUGGGAAAGAUAGAGGUUGAAGGUGAAAGAUUAAAAGAAUCUCAAUUCAUCAACAAAUCUCUUUCAGCAUUAGGAGAUGUAAUUUCUGCACUAGCAUCAAAGACAUCGCAUAUUCCAUACAGGAAUUCCAAACUAACUCAUAUCCUGCAGAGCUCACUAGGAGGUGACUGUAAGACGCUAAUGUUUGUCCAGAUUAGCCCAAGUUCAUCAGACUUGGGAGAAUCUAUAUGCUCACUGAAUUUUGCAAGCCGCGUGAGAGGUGUUGAGCAUGGCCCUGCUCGCAAACAAACUGAUGUUUCCGAGCUCUUUAAGUAUAAGCAACUGGCAGAGAAAGCAAAGCAGGAUGAAAAAGAAACAAAAAAGUUGCAGGAUAGUUUACAGUCCACGCAACUACGUCUUUCUGCACGGGAACACAUAUGUAGAACUCUGCAAGAAAAGGUUCGUGAUCUUGAAAGCCAAUUAGCCGAAGAGCGGAAAACCAGACAGAAACAAGAGACUAGAAGAACUCUCGAUGUGACUUCUUCUCAAUCCACAAUUUCUUCAUAUAAACAUGCUCUCAGUACAAUAUCUGAAAAGAGACCCCCCUUGGGACCUUCAAAAUUGAGACUUCCACUAAGAAGAAUCAGUAACGUGAUGCCUUCUCAUCCAUCCCCUGCCACCUCACAGAAAGCAAAAUCCUUCAUUCCCAAUCUCUCAGAUGAAGACAAGGAAAACCUUUCAAGACCAUCAAUCAUGAAAGUUCUUCCACGGGCCAGACGUGGGUCAAUUAUUGUGAAACCUUCUCCAGCAACUAGUCAAGUUCUGAAGCCAAAAAGACGUGCCUCUAUUGCCACAUUUCAGUCUGAUUCCAGCUCGAGCAUGAUGAACACUAGAAUGGCCAGACCAAAUGCUGCUCCUAGGGUGAGAGACCGUGUUGGCAGGCAAUCAUUUGUGUGGGACCAUCAAAGGGUGUGGCGUACUAAAUCUGUGGAAAUGCAAUCUCCUUCGGGAUCCUCAAAGGAAGUUUCAUCAUCUCAGUCAAUGACUCCUAUUGCUGCACCAAGCAGCAGCAAGUUCUUGAGUAGCCCUCCCUCACAUAUUGUUGGUUCUUGGAAGCCAAAGCAUCCAACGGUGGUUGCCUUACAACGAAAAACCUUCGUGUGGAGCCCGUUGAGAAACAAAGGUGCAGCAAAAGGAGCUAGGAAAUCGUUUGUGCCCUGAUUCGGAUCUACUUUUACAUAAAUACUCUGAUGCUAUUGUUUUAAUUUUUUUUGCAGUGGGUGUCAUUGCAAUCUAUGCUAGUUGCUUGUUACAUAUAUUCUCUCUUGUGAAAAUGUUGACAGAAAACGAUUGUUUUAAGUUUUUUAAGGCAAUUCAGGCAAA